AUGACAUCCAACCAAGCAAAAGACCGAUCGACAGGCCGCUCAACCAGUCAAACAAGAGGUGUGAAAGACGCCCUCGACGAAACUCGAGACUUUUGGAUUCUGGCCGACCCAGCCCUCUCCCCGCACACACUCCGCCUGCACCCAUGCGCAGACGAUGGCGUCGAUCCAAGGAAAGUCAUUCCUCACCAGGGAGUCGACCUCCCCGAGGUUGGGAGCUUCAGACUCCCCAAGAUGGUCAUUCCUCUCCGAGGGCCGUCCGACCUGGAAGACUGGGACGUGGCAGUGCGCGAGGUACUGAGCAGAUACCAACUACAUAACCUCGUUGACUCGAAAAUUCCCCGCCUCAAAUGGUCUGACCCAAUCGCGCUGAAAUGGCAAAUACUUUCUCGCCUUGUCCUGGUCUGGCUGCACGACAAUAUCGUCCCCUACAUGCUCAAACACAUCAUGAAACGCAAUCCGCGCAUGGAGCUGGCCGAUGAAUUCAUGGAGGACACACAGAAGGCGGUUAUCGAUUUCGGCAUCAAAUGGGAUAACGAGGCCCUGCUUGAAGUCCUGCGAUUCAGACGGUCUGACUGCACCGAUGCCAGAAUGUUUGUCGAUUCGCUUGACAUGAUGUACAAGAGCCUGUGGGUGACCGUCCCUGCGCAUAUUAUCAUUGCGAUAUUGUUGAAGGAACUUGCCGAGGAGAUACCCAGUCUCACUGCUAUGGUUUUCGCUGAUAUUGGCACGCGCAAGGACCCGUGGGACACCUUGACGCGAACUGACUUUGACAAGAUUCGGGAUUUUCUUGUCCUCGGUCUGUGA